AUGAAUGUCGAAUCAGGCACCCCGCAAUAUUGGAGCCAGUACCCGCUUCCCGACAACGUGGAGGCGCACGAGUCUUUUCCAACGCUCGUCUCGCGGAGCAGCACGGUCCAGAAAGAGUACAAGAGCCCUCAGGUGCUCGACAGACAGAUCCUGCAGCAGCAACAGUUCCAGAAUAACGGUGCCCACCGCGGCUACGUGUCUCCCUUAACCGAGGAGCACAAUACGUCGUUUGCAGACAACUGCGAAAAGGUCGAGGAGUCGAUCAGGAAAGACGUGGGCGACGGACUCUGGCAGGAAGUGUUCUCGGGCGCCACCAAGAAGUCCAGGCCGCUGGGCUCGUCCGCUAGCAGCGACUCCUCGAAUACGCACAAGUUGCUGUCCGAAGAAACGCUUCAGGCCGAGAAACGCAAGGCCCAGAACCGCGCAGCCCAGAGAGCGUUCCGAGAGCGAAAGGAAAUCAAGCUCAAGGAGCUGUCCGCCAAGCUGAGCCAGUCGGAAGGCGAAAGACGGCGACUUCUUCAGGAGAUCGAGGAACUGAAACAGAAAAACACGCUGCUGGGCAUCGAGAACGAGAUGCUGCAGAAAAUGGAGACUCCUGCGCUAUCGAAAAGCCACUCGGCGACGCGGGGACAGUACGAUUUUCCCCAGACGAGAGAAGAUUUCAUCAAGUCGGUGGUGGACGUGCGGACGUCGGCCCCUGAGGCGCCUGCCGCAGGAGUCCCGCACUCGAUGGUGGACGGUGUUCCGUACACCAUCCAGGCGUACAACCACAACAACGAAAAGGUGCUCACCGUGGCUGCCGUCUGGGACUAUCUGAACGAAAUAGCGGCCGAAAAGGAUAUAAACCUGGACAUCCCGGGAAUCAUCAGCCAGCUAAGGGGCGCCGAAGUGUGUCACGGAUACGGCCCGGCAUACCCUGUGUCGGUGGUGAAUGCGGUGGUGGAGAAAAAUACGGAGUUUCUGAUCUGA